GAAUAAUGCCGUAUUAUAUCUAGCAUGUUAUUUCUGCACUUAAUUUCAAUGGGAAAUUCAGCUGGCACGGAAUCCGAGGAAACUCAAAAUAAAAAUAUGGAUAGGACUCAAGCCCUUUCAAGAAAACGGAGACACUCCUCUCGUCAGGGUGCAAGCACUAGCCAUGAUGAAGAUGAACAGCCCCCUCGCUCAAGAUUACGGACAUCAAGGUUAAGUGGUAGAACAAGCUCUAGCUCAGUUGAGAUAGUGGACAUACCGCCGCAGGCUGUCACACCACCAAUCCAUGAAGAAGAACCCAUUGAUUUGUCAUUAUGUAUUGUGGACUUAACAGAUGAGACAGAAACCACAAGAAAUCGUCCUCUCAGAAAUUCAUCUCAGGAUGAUAUUGUUGAUCUCACGGUUGAAACACAUGCAGUCGACAGAGCGCCAAGGAGAAUGAGGCGGACUAGGAGAGGGAGACUGAUGAGAAACUCUCAACGUGGUAACAUCAUUCCUAUCCUCAGCGAUGACAGCGAUGAGGAGAACGAUGUCAUGGUUCUACCAGAGAUCGACCUGGGGGAGACAUACAGAACAGCCAGGGAUGAGACGUCAAACAGUACAGCCACAGGUCCCGGGAGAGGGCGACAAACAUCACCAAAGAAAAGAGUUAUAACAUGUCCAAUCUGUAUGGAAGAUGAAACAACAGUAAGUGACAAUGGUUAUGAAGAUGAUGAUGGUGAUGGCAAAGGUGAUGGUGGUGGUGUUGAUUGUGAUGGUGAGGGUGAUGAGGAUAAAGGUGGUAAUGAAGAGAAGGAAAAGUAGGAGACAUAAUAUAUGUAGCUCAUUUGGUAGAGCAGUGAUAAUGAGGUGACUGGUUCAAAACUAAGUUUAUGCUUUAUUACAUGGUUAAUCAUCAAGGCACCUUUUCAACAAAAGUAUCUGUGGCUUUUUCAUAACCAAACUGGUUUUAGUGGCCACCUGCUUAUAGUGGCCACUUGAAAUUUCCCGGCAGGAAAUUCAUGUGUUGUAGACCCUGUCUAUAGUGGCCACCUGUCAAACGUGGCCAUUUUCCACUCUUUUUACGUUCCUCGGUCAAUAUCCCACUCUCCAUAGUGGCCACUAAAAAUCAGUUUCACUAUAAGUUUCAACUCCGACAGUAGUUGUAUAGUUAUUCCUUGCACUUGCAUCUAAACACGAAUCUUAAUCUUAAAACUUAACUCAUUGAAAACACAUACUGUAUCCAUUACAUUAUCUACAAUAUAUGGUCAAUCCAAGAUGGCUGCCAACCUGUCUGUAGUGGCCAUUUUUGCCGUUUCCCUUUGGUUGCCUGUAUACACAGGUUUGAAUAUUCAUUAUUUCCUAGCAGCUUUCUUGUUCCUAUGCCCGAGGGGGGGGGGCACUUACAUUGACGAUUGGAUACCAUGCGUGACCCCAAAAACAUGUAAAAAGGAUU